AUGCCAGCCGCGGCGCCCCGCCCCGAGACGAGCUGGAUCCUCAACCACACGCCGCUGGCAACCUCCUUCUCCUUCACCCCCUUCCUCCGCCAGACCUACCGCCACGAGCUCUCCUCCGACCGCCCGCAAUGCAAACCCUUCCUCGCGGGCCACUGCCCCCUCGGCGCCUCCUGCCCGGACCGCCACACCUCAUCGACCUCGUCGAACCCGUCGGGCGGCCCGUCGCUGGUCUGCAAGCACUGGCUGCGCGGGCUCUGCAAGAAGGGCGAGAGCUGCGAGUUCCUCCACGAGUACAACCUGCGCAAGAUGCCCGAGUGCAACUUCUUCAUGCGCAACGGCUACUGCUCCAACGGCGAGGAGUGCCUGUACCUGCACAUCGACCCCCAGUCGAAGCUGCCGCCGUGCCCGCACUACGACAAGGGCUUCUGCCCGCUGGGGCCGCGCUGCAGCAAGAAGCACGUCCGGAGGAAGCUGUGCGUGUACUACCUCGUGGGUUUCUGUCCGGAGGGGCCCACGUGCAAGUUCGGCGCGCACCCGCGGUGGAGGACGGAUUUGGAAAAGCCCAGCGCUAAAGUCGAGGGCGAGGACGAGCCAAAGAGGGACGGCGAGAGGGAGGACGGCGAGAUGAUGCCUCAUCGGGAGAGGAUGAGGGAUAUGCACGACGACAGGGGACAUGGUGAUCGCAGGCAUGGCCGUGGUGGCAAGUGGCGCGAGCGUGGAAAUAGGAGAUUCCGUGGCCGUGGUGGUCACUAG